AGAAAAAAAGUAACCCAAGGACGACUAUGAUUACAAUUACAUGUGUCCAAGAUAGAUAUUAUCAGAGACCGAAACUUCUCCAAUUUCUAUCAUUUCAUUGUAUUUGAUUAUCUUCUUCUUCUUGUUGACGUGAUAGUAAUUAAGAGAAGAAAUGGAGACAUUAACUCUGGUAGCAUACAGUGCAACAGUACGCAUGAUGUUAAGUUCACUGGAAAAAAAUCUACUACCGGAUGUUGUCAUAAGGAAACUCACUAGAUUGAUGUUAGCUAAUAGACUUCGCUUGGGUUAUAAAGCUUCUUCUCAUAUUCAGCAGUCUGAUCUUAUCAAAUUUGCACAAUCUCUUGAAGAAAUGCCAAUUGCAAUCAAGACGGACUUAGCAAAAGAACAACAUUAUGAGCUGCCCACAUCUUUUUUCAAAUUAGUCCUCGGGAAAUAUAUGAAAUACAGCUGUUGUUACUUUUAUGAUAAGACUACAACGUUGGAGGACGCGGAACAAGCAUCUCUCGAGCUAUACUGCGAGAGAGGAAAGAUAAGAGAUGGUCAUACCAUUCUUGAUGUGGGGUGUGGAUGGGGCUCAUUUUCAUUGUACAUUGCGCAGAAGUACAAGAAUUGCAACAUUACAGGAAUUUGCAAUUCAAAGACUCAAAAAGAACAUAUAGAAGAGCAAUGCAGAGAGCUGCAAUUGCAGAACGUAGAGAUCAUUGUAGCUGAUAUUAGCACAUUUGAAAUGGAGGGUUCUUACGAUCGAAUUGUAUCAAUAGGGAUGUUCGAGCAUAUGAAGAAUUAUAAAGAGAUUCUUAAGAAGAUAUCCAGAUGGAUGAAAGAAGACAGUUUCCUUUUCGUGCACUACUUCUGCCAUAAAGUUUUGGCUUACCACUUUGAGGACACAAGUGAAGAUGACUGGAUCACUAGGUACUUUUUCACUGGAGGGACAAUGCCUUCUGCUAACCUACUUCUCUACUUUCAGGAUGAUGUUUCUAUCGUUAACCAUUGGCUUGUAAACGGGAAGCAUUAUGCACAAACGAGCAAGGAGUGGCUAACAAGAAUGGACAAAAACAUAAGCACUAUAAAGCCAAUUAUGGAGUCAACUUACGGGAAGGAUUCGGCUGUUAAAUGGACCGUGUAUUGGCGGAUGUUUUUCAUCUCAGUUGCUGAACUCUUCGGGUAUAAUAACGGAGAAGAGUGGAUGGUUGCACAUUUUCUGUUCAAGAAGAAAUAGAUUGAGAGAUGUGGAUGCUCUUAUUUUCAAAUGUUGUUUAUUUCAUCUUUUUCAGACAUUUCCCAAAGUUAUUUUCUUUGGUUUUGACUAAAUAAAACUGCAUUCUACCGUUCUCACUCA